AUGGCGUGCGUGCAUUCGGACGACAGGUCGGAAGGCGUGCGACUGCGAACCGAAGACGGAACGGUUCGAAAUGCAGCUUUGUUACCGUUCACGGUCAUUAGACGCAUGACGCAGAGACACGAAAUCGUAUUGGAAUGGAGCGCAGAAGAAACUGAUGCGUGCAAAAGGAGACUAACUGGAUUGCCGUUUGGAAAUACUUUGAUAGGUAACACUGUUCACCUGGUCGGAUCCGCUAGUAAGGAUAAACGCCACAUGCAAUGCGGCACGGAUUUGCUCGACUGGUUCACGGAAGUCAACUUGAACGGUAGUCUGUCGACGAUGGCAACGUCGGAGCGAGGCCCCACCAUACCAUGCGUUAAGAAAAAAGCCGACUGGGCCAUGAGAUGGAUCGAAAGCACGGACGCCAGCUUCGGCGAACGAUUGGUCGCGUUUGCCGCCGUGGAGGGCGUGUUCUUUUCGGGUUCGUUCGCGGCCGUGUUCUGGCUGAAGAAACGCGGUCUGAUGCCCGGUCUCACGUUCUCCAACGAGUUGAUCAGUCGCGACGAGGGACUGCAUUGCGAUUUCGCGUGUUUGCUAUUUCAACGUCAUCUCCUCAACAGACCGUCGCCCGAACGCAUAACGGAUAUCGUCGAAGAAGCGGUGACAAUAGAGAAGGAGUUUAUGACGGACGCGUUACCCGUCAGACUGAUCGGCAUGAAUUCGGACAAGAUUGCGCGUUACGUCGAAUUGGUUGCCGACAGACUGUUGGUGGAGUUGGAAUGCGAAAAACGAUGGGGCUCCGAUAACCCGUUCGACUUUAUGGAGAAUAUAUCGUUGCAGGGUAAAACUAACUUUUUCGAGAAACGCGUGAGUGAAUACCGAAAGAUGGGCGUUAUGGACAUGACGGAGAAUCGAAAAUUCAGUCUCGUCGAGGAAUUCUGAUACUACAAUAACAAUAACAACAAACCACCACCAC